CUCCCAUCAGGCCACCUUUCUUGCAAGAUAAAUUCUUUCUCCACGCCGUUUGAUGAACAUUCAACAUUCCAGCUGGUUUCCUCUUUCUGUCAGAGCUUCAUUGUCUACUUAAGAUGGCAUCAAGACUGCAUCAAAAAAUUGCUUUUAAAGAUGGAAAGCCUCAGUGUGAGAAAAUGUGUGUGGUGCUGAGCAGCCCUGUGGGGAGAAUUGAGAUAUCUGGAUGCGGUACAGGAGUGCACGAAAUCCAACUGCAGGGCAAUGUUCUUCCAUCCAGUGGCACUAUGGAAUCCUUGGUUUCUUGUGAAGUAUGUGAAGCCCCAGAGGAAAUGACAGCGCCACUGAAACAGUGUGUUGCCUGGCUUCAGGCCUAUUUCUGUGAGCCCUGGAUGAUAGAGAAACUGACAAUGCCUCCUUUUCACCAUCCACUUUUGGAACAAGCUUCAUUCACCAGAGAAGUGUUGUGGACCCUGUUGAGAGAUGUGAAAUUUGGAGAAGCAGUUUCUUACAAGCAAUUAGCAGACCUGGCAGGCAACAGCAAAGCAGCCAGAGCAGUGGGAGGAGCAAUGAGAAGCAAUCCUGUCCCGAUUAUAAUACCCUGCCACAGGGUGAUUUGCAGCAGUGGACAGACUGGCAACUACACGGGAGGAAGUCAUCUGAAAGAGUGGCUUUUGUCACAUGAGAGGCUUCAGAAGGAAAAGUUAGCAUAUUGAUGCAGUUCAGGCACAGCUGUUAUACAGCCAAAACACAUAACCAAAGAUACUUGGCUUAUAACAAGCUUUCAGAACACACAGUAGAAUUCAGGAAAAUGGUAAAUAUUUGAGUGACAUAUAAAUAUAAUACAACAUCCGAAGCGAAAUGUGUGGUGGCACUACUAUAUUAAAAAAGCUGAAUGUGUCCUAGGGGAUACAGCUUGUAUGCCCUUUCUUGUUUUUACAUUUUACAGCAGAAUGAGUACAGCGGACUGUGCCUGUUGUGCAUGUAUUUUGUUCCCAUCUCCAGCGUUGUUUUGUUCUAUUUUUAAUGUCCAUUAAAGCAAGGAUAAGGGAGUGGGAGGGGCAUGGCAAAUGUUAGAUGCAACUGCCCCUCUAAGGAAGCAUCUGGCUGGCAGAGGGGACAGCCGGGAAUCCGAAGCCUUUUGCGUGUGUUCGAAGAGCAAAAUUAAAUGCAUAAGCUUCAGCACACACACACACACACCUCCCCCUGUUCCUGCCUGGAUGUGUAUUUGUCCAGAUUGAAAAGCUUGUACCUCUGCCAGGCUUGGUGCCCAAGAUUCUCCUGUUUUCUUUGAUGUUUGAACUGUUGAAAUGAUGUUUUACGUAAACAAUUGUUAAUGAAACACACUGAAAACCCAUUCAAAGGAAACAGCUAUUAAAUUGCCUAUUCACAGCUUUUCUUUUCAGAUCACUGUA